UGUUGGCAUUGUUCCAGAUAAAAAAUUAAAAUUUUUGUUACUGGGUUUGAGUGGCAGUGGAAAAACCGAAAUUGCUCAUUAUUUGUCGAAAACACAGCGUCUAGACUACGAUUCAACAAAUGGUGUACAUAAUUACAAUUUUAAGCUAAUGGAAGCAAUGUGUUCACUAACGGAAGUUGGUGGCAGUGAUGAUAUGCAAAGGAUAUGGCAUCAUUAUUAUGUGGGAACUAUGGGCAUCAUUUAUUGUUUCGAUAUGUCCUCGAAAUACGACGAUAUAAAGAAAUCAUUUAAACUACUGCAAAAUGUAUUGAAAAAUCCAUACAUAAUGGCUAAACCCAUUUUAUUGGUGGCCACGAAAGCAGACUUAGCCGAUGAAAGUAUACAAUUGUAUGACAUUGAAAACACAUUCAGCAUACAAAAAAUGGCUGUAUCCUAUGGUAGCAGUAUAAAAAUGUGUUGCUAUGACCCUAGAACAGAACAAAAGGAUGCAAAUAUGAACAUAAACUUGAAAUCAGGAAUGCAGUGGUUGGUUUCUUAUCUUUUAAAUAAUUACAAUGUACUACAUAUGCGCUUAAACUGUGAUAAAAAUAUGCAGACUUGGGAACAACAACGCAACAGACUGGUGGCAGAGGGUAAAUUAAAUUUCAAAAAAUAUGAACGUUUUCCCAAGUCCUCCAGUCGCCAAAAGUUGUGGCGUUUAUCCCGCAAACGCUUAAGACGCAGUCUUAUGAGACCACGCACAGCUCCGCCAAAGAUUUGUAGCAUUUCCACCAUACAACAACAAUCAACAGUAGUGUUAAAAGAUUCUACUUCCUCUAAUAUAACAAACGAUACUUCUAGCAAAGUGCCAAAUGGUAAAGUGAAAUUCUGCAGUGAUGAAGUGGAGCAUACAAAUGUUUAG